CGUAGGCAUCAAUAAGACCACUAAGGGGGAGUUUUCUACUUGUAAAACGCAUGAAAAGCCUCCAAAAAUUCCCGGUGACUUCAGAUCCAAGGAGGUGGUCAUAUCCAUCGGAGCACCAUUCAUACUCUAGAACUUUCACUUCGAGUAGGACUGCGGCUUCAGACAAAAUCCCAUUGCUGCCUGCGCGCGCUCUUAACAUGAACUCACAAAUGGAUUAAAACGUAUCUGACAUAAACCUGUUAUUGUAAGUAACCUAUAGGUAAGCUUUACAUUUUCAAUUUUAGGAGAAUAUGCGAAAGCUGUGAAUUGGUUUAAGAUAUUGAAUCCAUCCUGCGUAAUGCUUACCUGGACAUUAUGAAGAGACAUCAAAGCAUUUUGCAUGCUUGGGAAAAGUUACAGUAUUGCUGAAACUUUCUGUUCGCCUCCAUUCAACCACUCGAUAUUGCUUGUGGCUAUCGACACAACUGAAUCUUGAGUGACCAGCCUACACGCAGCAGCAAUUACAUUUUUGACACAAAUAUGGACCGUUUAUGGAUUGCAGUUUUAGUGGUUCUAACCAUUGCACUAGUGCGAAUGUGUGACUGCCAGAAGGACUCAACAGGUGGUAGACAGGAGAUGUGGGAGCAGCUCCGGGAGCUAGCGAGGAGCCAAGGUCACUCCGCAGUGGGAGCUAAGGACGCUGUCCCCGCCAUACCAUCCAGAGAAAGCUCGCUCAGUUUCUCUCAUAAUGUCUCGCACUCCGGUCGGCGGGCUCCGGUGAGCUCAUCAUCUCAACGAGAUAACAGGCACGCGACGGCAAUUAAACCAGAUCCAGCUCCCAGUACGGAAGCUUCCCCCCGGGCGGAUGAUGCCACCGUCCCACGAGAUGCUGCGCGUAGGGCCGCGACACAGCUCGGCACCCAUCACUCAUCACAGCAAAGACCCCGAAUCAGUUCCAGACAGAGCAACAAACCCAGCUCAACGCAUACCAGGCGCCUUGCAGGGCCUAAUGUAUGUGGAGGUCACCAGUGCUGCUCUGGAUGGGCUGUGGCUUCUGGGACCAACCGCUGCAUAAAGCCCGACUGCCAGCCCCCCUGCCAUAACCGCGGCUCCUGCAGUAGGCCCCACACAUGUGUGUGCCGCUCGGGGUUCCAGGGGGCCCGCUGCGAGGAGGCAGCACCAGAGCAGGUGUACAUCCACACCGGAGGGUCCCUGAGGCGCAUCCAGCCAGGCACUAACCCCUUCCAGAGAGAGCAGCCCAGGAGGAGACCUACAGAGAGGCAGGCCAUAGACAACCCCAGCCCCAGGGCCCAGACAAUCAGACCUGAUACCACCAGACAGCCUCUUCAACCUGUGACCCAGGUGAGGCGAGGACCAGCCGACUCAUCGUCUCCUCAGCAGACUGGGACGUCUCGCACCGUCAAGCGAUACCCAUCGUCCACUGGCCCCAUCACAUCCAACGCUCUGCCUAAUGGGAACGGACAUGACAUUGGGAACGGCAAUGGACACUCAAGUAACGGCCACAGACCCACCACCAAUGGCCACGCCAACAACGCAGUGGCGCCAGCAGGGGCCAACCUCACUUCCAACCUUGACCGCAUCAAGAUUGUCUUCACCCCCAUGGUGUGUCGGAGGGUGUGCAGCGGCGGCCGCUGCUACAACAGCUGUGAGAAGGGUGACACCACCACCGUCUACAGUGAGAACCAGCAGCAGCAUCAGCCGGCAAAGACCCAGGGCUUCAGACUCUUCUUCUGUCAGAUCCCCUGUCUGAACGGCGGGCGCUGCAUUGGCAGGGACCAGUGCUGGUGCCCAACAAACUCCACGGGGAAGUUCUGCCACCUCCCAGCCCCCCCUCCUGCCCGACCCACCCCCAGCAGGAAGGACGGCAGCCUGGCCGGACGCAACUCGUCCUCCCACUCCAUGUACACCCUGCCGCUGUCCAAUCAACAAGGUGAUCACCUAGCCGUCUGGCUGGCUGGAUGAGACACAGGAACACAGUCUCUGGCCAGUUCUCCAGGACUUCCCCCAGCUAGGCCUCCUGUAGACACACUGUUUCCUCCAGUUCUGCUGAUUUUACUGCUGUCUUUUAUUCAUCUGAUUCAUCAUGCCCUCUCAACAGUUCUGGUUUUGUUUGAACUAACUCAGGUUUAUUUGUUGACUUGCAACGGCCCAGUUAGUAACUCUGCUGAAUUCUACCUUCGUGAACCAGCAGUGAAAGUCAGAAUGGGUUCUCAGUAGAAUAUGUAAUGGGGUGUUUUUUGGAGUUCCCCAUAUUGUUCACACAGUGCUCCCUCUUAUCAACAGAAGACCCUAUAGUGAAUUAGAAACAGAGCAUGCCCUAACCAGUGCCAUGAAGAGCCGCUAAAAUAAGCAGCAUUAAAGCAACAUUCCCCUUUUGUCCUGGCUUCUCUUUGGCCUGCUGUAAGUAGAAGCAGAAGCGCUCUCUUUAGGUUCUCACUUAGCUCCUUUGAAUUCCGUUCUCCAUUUUCUUCCAGCCCUUACUGACUUUAUAAUGCUAAUCUAAUGACAGACCACAUGUGUGUGUUGUUACAUCACAGGGCAGGCAUCUGCCUGUCUGUCUGACUGUGUUGAGAGAGUCACUACAAGGCCAUGGUAAAGUCAUGUGCUCUCUCUCACUCUCUGUAGUAUAUCAAACACAGGGCCUGUUUGUGGAGCUGUGAUUUAUGAAAGAGGAGAGUAUGUCAGAAUUCCUGGAAAAUUCCUUGGCACAUCCUGAAUAUGGAUGUGCUCUGCUGUCACAUGGACAAAGGAGAAUGUACUCAAUAUUACAACAGUUCUGCAAUUCCUCCAACCUGUCUCGGGUCAUAAACAUAU